AUGGCGGCUGCGCCCCUGAACUUCGGCCCCCAAGACGCUCGGGAGGAAAAUGCAGUGAUCAAUGUCCCCCACACGGCCAGCACCACCCUGGUGCUGCAGCUGCAGCCCGCUGACCUGCGGCCGCCCUGGUUCCUGCCCUGCGUCUACGAGGACAGCCAGAACUGCGUCCAGGCCCAGUACCGGGGGACCGUCCCCACGGGCAUCCAGCUGCCCGAACCCCUCCCCCUGUUCCCCGGGCCGAUCUACGCCGAGGACGGGGACAGGGCCAUCGGCCAGCGUGUCUCCUACAGCAUCAUGCACGACCCCGAACACACCUUCGUCCUGAACGAGACCUCGGGCAACCUCACCAUGAGCAGGAGCGUCCCCAGCCCCAGGACUUUCAACCUGCUGGUCAAGGCCGAGCAGGAGGACAAGGCCCGGUACUCCGUGACCCUGGUCACCAUCAAGGCGGAGGACCGAGACGGCGACGAGAGCCUGCCCGCCUUCCCCCUGCAGGAGUACCGAGGCUUCCUGGCGCUGGGCGGGGGCCCCAGGGUGGCCGUCAAGGACACCUCAAACCCCUCCCAGCCGCUGACCGUCAGGGCCCACGACCCCAAGUUCCCUGUGGAGCCCUGGCUGUGCCGCGUGUGCCUGGAGUCCGAGCAGAGGGACGGCGCGUCGUCCCUGGACAGCGGCAGCCUCGGACUCUGCCUGUCGGGCGCCGGCGGCCUCCCCGGCCAGCUGGGGGCCCUGCUCGCGGAGCCGGGGCAGCUGGCCUAG